AGCAGUGACGUAAACGGAAGUACAAAGUUCGGCCGUUGCGACUUGUAAGAAGGAAAAUGUCGCUUAAUGAAAGCAGACAAACGUUUGUCAAGCCGGCGAUCCCGUUCUCGUGGACCAUCCGAGGUGGACUCCUUCGUGGCGAGAUGAUCCUCAUCCAGGGAUCGCUGCCUUCUGACGCAGACAGGUUCCAGGUGGACCUGACGUGCGGCAGCAGCAUACAGCCGCGCGCCGACGUCAUCUUCCAUUUGAACCCGCGCGUGAACAAAGGUCAGGUGGUGUGUAACACGCUGGAGCGGGGUCACUGGGGCAGCGAGGAGAUCCUUCAGCGCAUGCCCUUUGCCAAGGGCGCCCGCUUUGAGCUGCUGUUGCUGGCCCUCGACGACUGCUUCAAGGUGGCGGUCAACGGUGCUCACCUGUUGGACUACAAAUAUCGACUGUCGCCGGAGCGGGUCAACACCCUGGCCGUCUCGGGAAAGGUCCACGUUGACGUGGCUGCCGUUCUACCGCAAUCUACGACGGCUUCAUCGUCCGCUGGCACCUCGCCGACCGACGGGGACGCCAAGCGCUCAGAAGUGUCCGAUGACAUCGCAAGUGCGCACAUGCUCGUCAUGUCAGCUGAUCCGCGCGGCGGGUUCCAAGGUGAGCUGGCUGGCGGUCUCCGUGUGGGCAGCAGCAUCGCCAUCCGAGGACACGCCAAUCAAGGGGCAGAGAGGUUUGCCGUCAACCUGUGCGUGGGCGAUGGAGACGACAGGGCGCUGCACCUCAACCCUCGCUUCAAAAAGAAGAUGAUCGUGCUCAACUCCUUCCUGUCCGGUUGCUGGGGCAAAGAGGAGCACCAAGCGGAUGUUUUCCCCUUUGGACCGGGACUCUACUUUGAGAUCAUCAUCCGGUGCGACGUGGACUCGUUCCGCGUGGCCGUCAACGGCGUCCACCAGCUGGACUACAAAUACCGAGUUCAGCGCCUGACAAGCAUAACGCGACUGCAAGUGACAGGCGACCUGUCGCUGAUGGACGCCCGGCUGAUGUGACGUCAUGACGGUGAGGUGGGCAAAGCACCACUUCCUGUCUGGAUGUCCGCUGGCUAACUGCACUUGCUAUUUGCACUUUAAUCAAAGACAAAAAUAUUUUUUUAACAACAAAUAAUCACUCGCCAUUGCUACCCUCUGCACAAUAUUUUAAAUGAUGUAAAAUGACAAAAAGUCCAACAUUAAAACGAUGCUUUGAUGA